CCCGCCACAAACGCGCCUCGCUUGAGGAUUGUGUGUGUGUGUGAGAGAAUAAUACUUUAUAUUCAGUAACAACCACAGUGAGGGAACUAUCCCGGGGUCAGUCUGUUAUUUCGCACAGAGAGAGGAGAGACGCAGCACGAGGACAAUAUUGACUCAACCGUUUACUUUAUGGUUCUCGCUCUCAACAGGAACCGGUGGAUUCCGUACUAAAUAUAGACCACAACAAUUGUCAAAGUUUUUGAUAAACAUUUACGGGUGUGGUGUUAUCCUGCGAUCCGUUGGAGUUGAUUUUUUUUUGUAAAUUUUUACCAUUCUUUGCCUUCCUCAGACGGACCUACAGCUGCGUUGAAAGUGGCUUUCUAAAGGGUGUCCCCAGGUGAUGACCUCACUGCUGUUUUCUAGCCCCGCCCACGUCAUCAUGAAGGACCGCGAGCCUCUGCCAUCCUCCCUUGCCCUGCUCCACUACCCUGGGAUGACGGUCACCGCCAAGACCCCCGGGGAUGACCCCUUUCCCUCCUCCACCUCUCCAUCCCUCUCCAAACCACAGCCCUUCUGCCUGCAGACCCUACAGACCGGCCCUCACCUCCUCGCCAGCAUGCAGCUCCAGAAACUCAACUCUCACUACCAGAGUCUGGCUGGAGGCACUGGUGCCUCAGGGCCCAACUCAGGGCCUCAGAGGGGGUUUGGGGGCUCGACGGUGGGCUCGGCUGGGCAGCUGGUCGGGGGAACCCCUGGAGGUGGUGGAGGUGGGAACCAGAGUUGUGGAUCUGGCGGGAUCAUAGAUUCUGACCCAGUGGAUGAAGAGGUUCUGAUGUCGUUGGUCAUAGAGCUGGGGUUGGACCGGGCCAAUGAGCUGCCUGAACUCUGGCUGGGACAGAAUGAGUUUGACUUCAUAGCGGACGUACCUGUUGGAUGUUGACCCGCCCGGAUAGAGAGAUGGAAGGAGGGGAUCUGUGCUCUCAUUCUUUUCUUCUGUUAGUCUCUUGUUUGGAUGGACACAGACUCUGAAGGAUGGAUGGAUGGUAUUAUGAUCCGGUAAUGGAAGUUGCAGCCGUGAAACAGGCACUUGUUCAGUUAACCUAGCGUUCAGGGGGUGUGAUGCGACGCUAGGGUGAGAGAGAAUGCGUGAGAGAGAGAUGAGUGAUGAGUUGGCAUGCAUGUGUACCUGUGUGUGAGAGGUUGUAUGAGACAGCCAUGACAGGACGCCUGUGUAUCCUCCAUGGACUAGUAGACCAAUGUAACCUGACCUGUAUGGUACUGUCAGUGUCUAAAUACAUUAUUGAGUCUCAACGUCAGUGGUCUUCAUGUAACUCUGUAGGAGGAACGACUGUUUCCCCCUCCUGUCUUGUUUCUGUCUAAUCUCGCUUUCCCUCUCUCUCUAUGUAUUGUAAGUCUCUCGCUCUGUAUAUAUCAAAUGGAUGUCUGAAGAAGCAAAGCGAGCUAUGAGUCUCACUCCUCUCUCUCUCUUCUGUCUUUCUCUCCUUUUUCUCUCCUGUGGUCUGAGCCAAGACACUCCGUCACUACCUACUCUGCUAUGUUACUGUCAAAGUAAAUGUGUACGUCCCAACUGGCACCCUAUUCUCUAUAUAGUGCACUUAUGACCAGAGCCCUAUGGGUCCUGGUCUAAAGUAGUGCACUAUAAAGGGAAUAGGAUGCCAUUUGACUAUGUUCCAAUCUAUUAGUUAAUGAGGGUUUAGGUUACAGUUAAAGAUGGCUGACUUAUUUAGUUUGUUUUUCUGGGGUGGAAUGGGAGCGCUGUAGACGACUUCAUGAUAAACUGAUGAUUGAGUCAUUGACUGAUUUACUUACACUACAUUGUAAAGAUUUUUUUUUAUGUCUUGUGCAACUCAUGUUUAAGAAAGGAGUCAAUUGAAACUUUCUUAAAUUUUUUUAAGUUCCCAGGUUCCAGUGAACAGAGCCCUAAGCCUGAAUUGCAUUGCCUCAACAUGACGUGAAGUUUUAACACCCAGGAAGUUGAAGAUAACUAAUGGAAUAUACCAACUUGUAAUUUCCCGAACAGAAACCCUUUGAUCCUACAGACUGUAGCAAGAAAAUGUACUUUGAGUUUUUGUUUGUUUUGCUUCUAUUACAUUUCACAUAUUUUGUUUUAGGGUGAGAAACCUCUUGCUAUUGACUUUGUAAAAGAAACAUAUCAGUAAUUAAUCACUUGUCUAGUAGAUACUGUACUGAUUGUAUGAUCCUUAAAAUCACACACUUUCAAUUGAAGGCUUUCUUUAGUUUAAGAGAAGGGGGAGGUGGACCUAUUUCUUUAUUUGUCUCAUCUUUGACUUUUGUUUUGCAAUUUUAAAUGACGGAACGACUAUGUCCGAGGUUGAUCAUAUUUUUUUUUUUUUUUUGCAUCUCAUUUGUAUUUCUAUGUAAAAUUACUAGGUCAUAUUUAAAUGGUUGUAUUUUUGUUACUUCUCUGCAUGUUUGGGAAAAUAAAGAAUACUGAAUAAUC